AUGAAGCUUCUAAUGCGACUUGCACUGAUGGCUUCGACGGCUAACUAUGUAGUAGCUGCUCCGAAAGCCAAUCUUGGUCUGUGCUUUGCUCAAGAAGCAUGUAUCGACUUUACCGUCAAGAAAGCCGAAGGUACCAACUGUACUUCCGCUGAUGGCUGUGGCAUCGAGGUCUGUAUGAUCUUGGACACUACCAAAGAAGGCUGCGCCAAGGACGGUCCAAUAAGCCACCUUUGUGCUGCCAGUGACUCUCAAGGAUGUGCCGCCUACGAUACUGAUGGUGUGACCCCUCUCACUGGUAAGGGCGGCUCUGACUUCUGUGAUCUUUCAGGAGAAAAUGCCACUCUUGCCUUUUCGGGCAAGUGCGAACCUUCUGAAACUCAAACCAAGAUUACCAUGUGCCAAGAGGCAGCUCCAGGUCAAACUCUAUAUUGGGCCCUCAAGGAUGCUAGUGUCGAAGAUGUCAACGUGUAUGAUUACACCAGCAACUUCUCAUUCGAAGUUGGUUCCGAGACUUGCUCUUCUCCCAAGAUUUCAUGUUUUGGAGAUUCCGAGUUGCAAUGUGCUGAUCCAAAGAACGACAUGUACAAGUAUACCCGCGUAUGGAGCUUCGAAAUCCCUGCGAGUGAUGGGAGUGCUUGCGAUUUGUGCGACUCCGGAGAACCAGAACCAGUUGAUCCAGAGGCAUGGGUGUGGCUCUCCUGCGGCAGUCCUGAAAGAUGUGGAACUUUUAACGAAUACAAGGUUCAAGCCAAAGAGACUGCUGAACUGCGUUGCUGCUCUUCUGACCCUAUCGAUGGUUGGAAGAAGAACUCAGGCUGCGAUAUCUGGACCGAAAGUGAUCUUAUUGGAGCAGAUGGCUCUGUGCAGUGCUUCCACGAAUCGACCUAUGCUGAAGCACAACAAAUCUGUGCUGACAAUGGUGGAUAUGUGUGCUCCAAGGAGGAAGUUGAGUCUGGUUGCGUUAGAGGCUCUGGAUGCGGCCACGAUAAUGAUCUCAUCUGGACUUCAACGACUACUACUGAACGUGAACCGAUUGUUUUCCCAAAUACCGAUCCAGUGGACCCUGAGGACUGGCUUUGGUUGAGUUGUGGCAAGGGGGAACAUCUCUGUGGUAUUGGAAAGGACAUUGCGGUGCAAGCGAAAGAAGCUCACGAGCUUCGCUGUUGCUCUCCUGUUCCAGUAUCUGGUUGGAAGAGGAACAGUGCUGAGUGUGAUGUGUGGCACGAAUCCGACCUGCUUGGGCUCGAUGACCGCCUUCGAUGCUUCCAUGAUGUGACCUACGCCGAUGCACAAGCAAUCUGUGCUCACAAUGGUGGACAUGUCUGUACCAAAGCGCAGGUUGACUCUGGUUGUGUUAAAGGCUCUGGAUGUGGUCACGAUGGAGAUCUCAUCUGGACUGGUGCGGUGGCUCCUGAACAAGAAUUGCCUCCUCUUCCCGGUCAAGAUCCUGUUGACAUCGAGGAAUGGCUGUACCUUUCCUGUGGCAGAGGAGGAGACCUAUGUGGUUUUACUGGGGACAUCUCGGCGCAAGCCAAGGAAGUACACCCUUUCCGUUGCUGCUCCGACUACCCCUUGGAAGGAUGGAUGCGCUCUAACAGUUGCGAAAAUUGGCAUGAAUCCAACGUCAUUGCUCUGGAUGGCACUGCCGAUACAUGCUUUCACGAAUCCACUUACGCCGAGGCUCAGGAAAUUUGCAAGUUUAACGGUGGAUACGUCUGUUCCAAGGACCAAGUGCGAGGUGGCUGCGCUAGAGGAUCUGGAUGUGGUCACGAUGCGGAUCUCAUUUGGACUUCUACUGGGCCCGCUCCACCAAGACAGGAUCCCCCAGCCCCUACUCGCGUCGCUGAUGAUACCCAUCUUUUCCUCGCCUGCGGAUCUGGAAUGGAUGGCUGUGGUGGUGGAGAAGAGUCCAUUGGUGUCGCUAAAGCCAAUGAACUACACGAAGUGCGCUGCUGCAGCAACGUCCCUUUGCCUGGUUGGAAGAAGGGAAGUGGCUGCACCAACUACCACGAAUCUGAUUUAACUGCUCUCGAUGGUACACCUGAUCAGUGCUUCCAUGCAUCCACAUACGCCGAGGCUCAAGAUAUCUGUCAUGCAAACCGGGCUUACGUUUGCUCGAUGAUUGAAGUUUUGGACAAGUGCGCCAAAGGUUCUGGGUGUGGACACGAUAAUGACUUGAUCUGGACAAGCACAGCGGCUACCGACGAAGCCAUUGAAGCCUACAAACUCAGGAAGACACAAGCAGCUGCUAUCUCUGGAGUCUGUGUCGGACCCAAGGGAAGAAUUUCUGGCGACCCCCACUUCACUACUUUCGAUAAUAUGAGAUAUGACUGUCAAGGACACGGCGAAUUCGUUAUUGCAAUGUCGAAGGGAAGCGACCCGCUUGCCAUCCAUGGACGGUUUGUCCCUGUUCGAGAAUCCAAAGCGAAACCAACUGUCACUCGCUCUGUCGCCAUCAAGGUCGUUGAUGAAGUCCCAAUCAUCCAAGUGACUGCUCCACAAGAAAAGAUUGAUGGCAACUGUCCUUUCACCUUCACCAUGGGAAGAGAAGAAACUCUCAUUCCUACUGAGGAAAUCGUUUCCUUUUUCACCGAGAACUACAAUGGAACUGUUACCGUAUUUUCCAACGGCAAGAACAUCAUCUUCUCGUAUCCGGAAGUCGGUACACGUGUCCAAAUCACUGCCGGCGGCGGCGGAAACAGAUGCGUUUUGAAUACCAACCUUUGUCUCACACCCGAAAACCACGGCGGAGCUGAGAACAUUGUUGGACUUCUUGGUUCUCCCGAUGGAAACAAGGACAAUGAUUUUAUGGCACGUGAUGGUUCUGUUGUUCCUCCCCCAGCGAUCUGUGACAUUCCCGACGCGACCAACAGCGAGGCAAAACUAUGCAAACGCGCAAAGAAUCAACAGGGCCAUGAAUGGUGUAUGGAUAACUGGUGCAUCGGACAUGCUGACAAUUCUCUUUGGGGUGAAGAGUCGCAUGCAGAGUACAACCAAUGUGAUGAUCGUCAACCCGAUGAAUUCUUUGAUAACGAUGAUGUUGAUCCUGCGAUCGUCGAAGCGUGUGAAGAUGCUGAGGAUCCAGAUGGAUGUGUGUUGGAUACCCAAAUUGCCGUUGAGGAGGGCGAAGACGUUUUCGACUUCGUGGAUACUGUCUUGGAAGAAGACGAUGAGGCAAACUUUGUUGACAACCUUGGAGGAGAUCCAACAGAAGCAAUGGAUGGUUGGGAUGGACCGGUUCUGAGCAGUGCCAGCGCCAUUGAAAUUGAUCUUCCUGAUCCUUCAGACCCAUCUGAUCCUUCAGACCCAUCUGAUCCUUCAGACCCAUCUGAUCCUUCAGACCCAUCUGAUCCUUCAGACCCAUCUGAUCCUUCAGACCCAUCUGAUCCUUCAGACCCAUCUGAUCCUAAUCUCGGUACCGAUGAAAAUGACGGCACUUCGCCUACUGAUACUGCAGACAUUUCAACUACUGACGAAGAACCGGUUUCGGAAUCGUCUGGCAGUCUCGGAGAUCCUCACUUCAAGACUUGGUUGGGAGAACACUUUGAGUACCAUGGACAGUGCGACAUGAUCUUGACCAAGGACAAGAACUUUGCCGACGGUAUUGGAUUGGAAGUUCAAAUCCGAACGAAGUUGGUCCGCUUUUGGAGUUACAUCAAGCAAGCGGCCAUUCGUAUUGGAGAUGAUAUCCUCGAGGUCGAGGGCAAUUCUGAUCCAGAAGACACAGAUACCCAUUACUGGGUUAACUUCGAGUACGCACAUGAAGUCAAGUCUAUCGGCGGCUUCCCAUUGACUAUCAGUUAUAAUGGUGCCAACAAGAGAGUUUUCGAAAUCGACUUGAGCUCCAAGUUCCCUGGUCAGAAGAUCGUGAUCUCCACAUUCCGAGAAUUUAUUCGUGUCGACUUCCAACAUACCACAGCUGAAGCAUUUGGCAACGCUGUUGGUAUGAUGGGUGACUUCAAGACCGGAAGCCUUCUUGCUCGUGACGGUGUCAAAGAGAUUGAUGAUUUCUUGGAAUUCGGAAACGAAUGGCAACUCCUCCCUGCGGACGACAUGCUAUUCCAUGACAAGGCUGAACCUCAAUUCCCCAAGCGCUGUGUUGUUCCAGAAGAUCCCCAAGGACAACGCCGCAGACGACUUGGCGAAUCCACUAUUACUGUGGAAGAGGCCGAAGCUGCUUGUGCUAAGGUUGUGGGUGAUGCUUUGGACAUCAAAGACUGUGUUUACGAUAUCUUGGCCACCCAAGACAUGGACAUGGUCGGGGCUUUUUAA